CGAUCCACACAACAAGAACAACUGCAGCCAUGAAGUUCCAGGCUCUUUUCUUUCUCCUGAUCCUCACCUGCAUGUACCUGAGUCUGGCACAAGGCUCGUAUGGUAACUGCUGCCUUGGCUAUGUCACAGAGAUGAAACGAGGAGCGAGGAGAAACAUUGAAAGUUACAGGAUGCAGGAAACAGAUGGUGAUUGCAACAUCAGAGCUGUCGUGUUUCUGAUGAAGAGGAGGCGGUCACACACAACACAGCGGACUGUCUGUGCCAAUCCAGAGAAGCUCUGGGUCCAGGAUCUGGUUGAGAUUGUGAAUAGGAAAAUGAAUAUUUAGACCACUAAAAGGAGAGAGAGAAGAGAAGAAUGGGAGAGAGGACAGCAGCUGUUUCACCUCGCUGUCAAACAUAAAUCACUUUUACCCACAUUGGUUAUGUUUCAGUAGUUUUGGUAUUUCCUGUGCUGAGAGAGAAUGUAAAUGUGCACGUUUCACUAUAACACGAACAUAACAUAUCCUCAGUGUUUUAGCCAGUAUCGCAAAAUGCAUUUAUAUGAGCCAACGCUUUGAUUCUGUUCACUUCUCUGUGAUAUGUAGCGCCUGCUAGGAAUGAGCCACUGUUUGGCAGCUUUGAAAUAUAUUUUCAGAGUGUGUUUGUAUGCAUGUGUAUAAGUGUGUGUGAUGUAUAUGUAAAAACCACUUUGGGGAUUAGUUGAGAGUUUUUUUAUAUGACAGAUUUCCAUAUUUUUAUAUCGGCAUUAUAAUUGUACUUUGUGUCUUUCUGUAUCAAAUAAAGAGACGAAACAAA